CUUCUUCCUCAUCUUUUUCCACCCAGUCCCACUCCACGACACAGACAACGAGAUCGGUGCUGAUGAGCGACGCUGCGUCGUCCUCUUCCUCCUCCGGCAAAUGGGGGAAAUGGGGCCGCUCCGCCUUCGACAAGUCGAUCAAGCUCUCCGACUGGGCAUCCGGAUAUGCCAAUGCCGGCGCAGCAAAGAUUGGUGCUGAGCGCUUCUGGCCAAGGUCAAAUGAUACCGAGGAGGAGAUUGCAAAGUGUGAGCGUAUUCUGAGGGCUUUCACGGUGGACGGCAUCACAGCCAAGGAUGAGAAGGAGGAGGAAGUCGCAGACGGCAAGGGCAACAUCAUCAAGAAGAAGCGAAAAGUGCUCAAGAAGAUCCCUCCCGCCGCGAUUCGCAACGCCAAGGGGAUCGUCAUCUAUACAGCGAUGCGCAGCGGCAUCGCUCCCUUCGGCGGGGCCGGCGGCACGGGCUUGAUGAUGGCCCGCCUAUCUGAUGGCUCCUGGUCGGCGCCCAACAGCGUUUCUCCCAACAAUCUGGCUGUCGGUCUACUGCUGGGCUUCGACGUAUUCAAUGUCAUCCUGCUACUCAACACAGAAAAGGCAGUCAACAGCUUCAAGACGUUAGCCAAGGUCACCAUGGGCGCCGAAAUGGCCAUCGCAGCUGGUCCAAUGGGGGCGGGGACUAGCGCUGAGACUGGGAUUGACCGUGCGCCCAUCUACUCGUAUGUGCAGAGCAGAGGGCUGUAUGCUGGAGUGGAGGCAAUGGCGCAAGCGUUCCUCUGUCGCUUCGAUGAGAAUGAGCGAUUCUACUACUGGCCAGGGAUCAAGGCGGUUGAUAUUCUGGAGGGUAAGGUACGCAUUCCGCCUAGCGUAUACCCGCUCCAUAGAGCAUUAAAGGACGCAGAGACAGGAGCGGCGCAAGGAGGAAAGCUGGAGAGGACUGUGUACGAUGUGGUCAAGGUGCCGGAGAGUGAGGUCAUUUCGCGCAUCAAUGGUUACAAGCCCUCCCCCAAGCCCAGCAGGAGGCCAAGCCAUCACGGUGAGGGAACUGCAGAUGGAGAGGCGCAAGUCCACGAUGGCGACGCUGCUGCGGAUGAAGGUCAAGAGCUUGAAUUGCCCGACGAAGACGAGGACAUGCUACACGACGGGGAGCGGCUUCGCCUCCCUCCGACCCCUGCAGAGCUCGAAGCCCUUGAAGCUGCCGGCAUCCCCGAUGAGGAAGACAUCCGCCUCGAACAGCAAGAACGCGCCGCCGUCUACAGGCUGGAACCCCCUCCCAUGCAUCACAAAAUCCGCACCCACUGGGAUCAACACCCGACGAAGAGGCGUUUGAGGCCCACGCGGCAGUUGGUGCAAGGUGGGGUCUGGGGUGCGAGGGCGAGAGAAGACCCGGCGAAUGUGCCCCUCCCUCCGAGCCCGUGGGAAGUGCCACUGCCGCCGAGUCCGGAGCUGAGGGUUGAAGAGCUUGACGAGGUGGAUGGGAAAGAGAAGGCGGCGUUCCUGCCACCGCCGGUCAGAACGGUUGGAGGUGCAAGUCCGAGGCGGAGCGUGGCAGCUGACGCGGCCAGCGAGGCCAGCGGUAGCAGUCAUACUCCGAUCCUUCCACCGCCGCGACGACAAGAUGGCAAAGGUGCAGGCGCACCCGCCACCACGACCCAGGAUACCGCAGACAAUCCAAAUGAAGUAGCUCGUGGUGAGGCGGCAGAGCUUGAUGGCAACGACAGCCCUGCGCCUAUUGAGCACUCGGCCGAGUCUAUGCCCGGGGCCGCACCAUCACCGGGCGCCCGCGAGGAAGGCGAGGAGACUGAGGUCCCCGUCGCAUCGAACGUGGAGAGUGAGUCCCAGGCGGAUGCCGUGAUGGAAGCGGCCGCAGCUGGCGAGGUCACUGAGGAAUCACAGCCAGAGACGAUUGCAGCCGUGGCGGCGGAAGGUGAUGUCGAGCCUGAGCCGACCAGCGCAGAGAAGCAGCCACUGCAGCAAGAGGACAAGCCGACGCCUGAAGAGGAUACCCCUGCGACACCUCAAUCACCGAUGCCAGCAUCAACCGGCGUUUCGCGAGCCUCUUCCGUCAACAGUGGGAUUCUUCCACCGCCGCCGAGGAGACCGCCCAGGUCGAGAGGUGGACCACCUACUUCGAAGGCCUGAGCAUGAGGGGAGUCAUUCUGGACAAUAUGUAGACGGACAAGCAGAGCAGGCAAUGCUGUGUAUAAAUGCAGGGAUUCGACGGGGCCCCCCAAGCAGCCGCUUGUGCUAUAUCGUCGUCCAAGCAUCAUUUGCAUUAAUCUAUUCCUGAGUCGAAGUUCAUGCUCAACUGCGCUGCAGAGCGUGCGCAUAGAGUCCUACUCUCUUCUCGCCGGCGCGUUUGCCGUAGGUAAAAGUCUUCUACUAGCCUCGUCGAUCCAGACUCUCUGCCUU